AGGUCGUCGAGCUCACAGUGCUUCGAGAGCUCCUGGCAUCGAAACAUCUUCCUUUUUUCGUUGCUUCCUCUCGUUCGAAUUAAUUCAACUAUGAAUGGUCCAAGUGUUCGAGUGUUUGUGACUCUGGCUUCGGCGACGGCCUUCCUCCUGUCGAUCCUCACGCCCAUUGCCCACGCCGCCCAAAAUCCCUCUCUUCCUGAAAAAUGGAGCGAAAUUGUGGAAGCUUCGAAAAUCAACAUGGACUACGAGAAAAUAUUUCCCAAAGUGAUAAGCAACGUGGGAAACCCGGAAACUAAUCAGGGCUGUGGUGGUACUGCCGAUUUAGAUGCUGGGGACGUUAUUAUAUUUUAUUCACAAAAUGACGGGACAAAAUCAAAGUGCAAGUAUACAUUUAAGAGUCCAGCCGGGACGUAUUUGGCCAUGGCGUGUCCCCAGUUCAACCUCAACCCUGCUGGCUGUAAAGCAGAAAAACUCACCCUGAAGAUCACGGGAGCCAGGCCGGUCACCUACUGCGAGGACGAGGAAGUCAGUGUCGCGGUCCCGAGGAACAGCCUGAAGGUCACCUACAAGCGGAAGGCGCUGGGGAAGGGACAGUGCUCCGGGGGCUUCGUCUGCCUGGUCGGGGCGAUAGAAGAGUGAAGCUUCACCAACAUCUACAGUUUUUCGGAAAUUUUACGAAAUUCUUCAAGACCGGUUCUUCGUGUGGAUGUUUUUUGGACCUCGGAAGUUUUCAAGAAUUGUGUUAAUGAUUUUUCGUGUGCUUUUUUCUCUUCGGAGGUCUUCAGAAAUCUUGUGAAAUUCUUCAAGAUUGUUUUUUUUCGUGUUUUUUUUUCUCUCUCUCUCUCCCUGGAAGUUUUUAAAAGCCUACGAAUUUUUUAAGGUUUUCUCUCUGAAAAUCUUGAAAAAUAUGCUAAAUCCAAGACUGA